AUGAAAGGUACCCUGGGCAAUAAAGGCGAAACUGGAGAAAAAGGCACUCUGGGCGAUAAAGGAAUGACCGGCGAAAAAGGAACGUUAGGCGAUAAAGGUGUUACAGGUAACAGAGGACCAACAGGUGCUAAAGGAACAUCAGGCGACAAAGGAAUGACAGGUGAAAAAGGAACACUAGGCGAUAAAGGUGCAAAGGGAAUGAAAGGCGAGACAGGCUACAAAGGAAUGAAAGGAGUUAAAGGCAUUACUGGUGAAAAAGGAACAUUCGGAGAUAAAGGUGUGACGGGUGAGAAAGGAGCACAAGGAGAUAAGGGUAUGACAGGUGUAAAGGGAACAGAAGGGGACAAAGGAAUGAAAGGAACAGAAGGAGAUAAGGGUGCAACAGGUGGACCAGGGGAUAAAGGAACACAGGGAGACAAAGGUUUGAAAGGAGAGACUGGCCAGAAAGGUACACAAGGAGACAAAGGAAUGACCGGCCAAAAAGGAACCGUAGGCGAUAAAGGUGCAAAGGGAAUGAAAGGCGAGACAGGCUAUAAAGGAAUGAAAGGAGUUAAAGGUAUGACAGGUGAAAAGGGCACACAAGGAGACAAAGGAACGACUGGAUUGAAAGGAACGCAAGGAGACAAAGGAAUGACAGGAGAAAAGGGAACGCAUGGUGAUAAGGGAACCUCUGGGACAGGAAUGACAGGCGAAAAGGGAACACAAGGAGAUAAGGGAAUGAUAGGAACACAAGGCGACAAAGGCAAAACAGGUGAUAAAGGUACACAAGGCGACAAAGGCAUGACAGGAAUAAAGGGUACACAAGGCGAUAAAGGAAUGGCAGGAGAAAAAGGAACAUUAGGUGAUAAAGGUACAAAGGGAAUGAAAGGCGAGGCAGGCUAUAAAGGAAUGAAAGGAAUGCAGGGAAUGAAAGGAGUUAAAGGCAUGACUGGCGAAAAGGGGACUCAAGGAGACAAAGGAAUGACUGGAAUGAAAGGAACGCAAGGAGACAAGGGAAUGACCGGAGAGAAAGGUACACAAAGAGAUAAAGGAAUGAAAGGAAAUAAAGGAACGCAAGGCAAAGGAACACAAGGAGACAAAGGAAUGACUGGAGAAAAAGGAACUCUAGGAGACAAAGGGAUGACUGGAGAAAAAGGAACAUUGGGAGACAAGGGAAUGAUUGGUGAAAAAGGAACACUAGGAGAUAAAGGUAUGACUGGAGCGAAAGGAACCCAGGGAGACAAAGGAAUGACAGGUGCCAAAGGAACACUGGGCGACAAAGGCAUGAUAGGAGGAAAGGGAACGCAAGGUGAUAAGGGAAUGACAGGAAAUAAAGGUACACAAGGUGACAAAGGAAUUGAGGGAACUCAGGGCGACAAAGGACAGACUGGAGAGAAAGGAUCUACCGGCGAUAAAGGAACAGAUGGUGACAAAGGUUCAACAGGAGAAAAGGGAACGUUAGGAGACAAGGGGAUGACCGGAAAUAAAGGGACACAAGGAGAUAAAGACUGUAAAGAAUUACGCUGGAAUCCAGAACCAGAUCUACAAUGCUAUCAAAAAGAUUACAGCCAAGACGAGUUCCCCAUCAAAACACAGCCGAUAUAG